ACUCCAGUCCUCACCAAAACCCCUUCUCCCUCUCCCUCUCUCUCUCUCUCUCUCUCUCUCUCGAAUCGCAGACUUCGGAGGUGGGAAAAAUCGUUCAAAGGUCUGAGAAUAAAUGGGUUUCAAUGCAGUCUUUCGUUCUCUACAGGAGAUUUUUCCUCAGGUUGAUGUCCGGAUACUAAAAGCUGUUGCGAUUGAACAUUCUAAAGAUGUUGAUGCAGCUGUGGAAUCUGUCCUCCUUGAGGUCCUCCCGACCAUUUGCAGUCCACAGGAGGAUCUUACUCAUGAUUACCAACAAGACAAACAUCCAUCAGUUGGAGGAGUUCAAUCAGAGGAGCAAAGCUUGGUGCCGAAUCGUCAAGAGGUUGCUGAAGAAGCCCAUACAGGAUCAUGUUCUCAACUAAAAGUCUUUGCACGUGAAGAUUUUGAUGGGCCUGAUCAUCAAACGGACUCCUUGAAUGUUGAGUCCACAUGGUUGGACGAUAAUUGUUCCGUUGCAAGUGUUCAUCCUGGGAGUGAACAUGAUCAGUUAUCCAUGGAUGCUGAAACUGGAGCGUUCUUUCCCACAAAUCAUCAAAAUACCAAUCUGGUAAUUGAAUUAAAUCAGGGGUCCUAUGCAGCACCAAUCUCUAGAACACAUCAUGAUGAUGCUGAUGAUGGUCAGAGUAGCAAUUCUCUCUUUGCUCAUAUAAAAGAUUUGCAUGGAAAAGCAGCUUAUGAUUCUGUUAUGGCUCAUGAGGAUUGUUUAGAUGUCAAUUCAUCUAAAGAUGGAACCACCAUUCAGCAUUUGAAUUUUCAGCCACUGAUUAUUGAAGAUAAACAUGAUUCUAUAGACGAUGCGAGUCAUGUGACUGCAGAAGAAAAGGAUGUGAACUCUUUUUUUAUUGAAUGUUUUGGAAGUGUACCAAGAGGAAACCAUGAGAAUGGAUUAGAUAUCAAUUCAUCUAAAGAUGGAACCAUGAGUCAUGUGACUGCAGAAGAAAAAGAUGUCAACUCUUUUUUUAUUGAAUGUUUUGGAACCGUAUCAAGAGGAAACCGUGAGAAUGGAUUAGAUACCAAUUCAUCUAAAGAUGGAACCGCCAUUCAGGAUUUUCACUUUCAGCCACCCAUUAUUGAAGAAAAACAUGAUUCUAUGGGGCAUGUGACUGCAGAAGAAAAGGACGCUAAUUUUUUUGUUAGUGAAUGCAUUGGAACAGUAGCAAGAGGUUCAUUGGAGAGUGGUGCUGAACAAUUGGUCUUUGACACUGAAAUGGCUGAUGGUGAGUCCGACCUUACAACUUCAGCAGCCCAAUCCAGCCAAAUUAUGAGCAUUGAUUUUCUUGAAGAGUUUAUUACAGAUGCUAAAAGUAACAAGAGAACCUUGUUAUUAUCCAUGGAAUCAGUACUCGGUAUGGUGAGAGAGGUGGAGCUUAAGGAGAAAGAAGCAGAAAAGGCCAAAGAAGAAGCUGCCAAGGGUGGUCUAGAUAUCCUUACCAAGGCAGAGGACCUAAAACAGAUGCUGCAACAUGCAAAGGAAGCAAAUGCCAUGCAUUCUGGGGAAGUUUAUGGAGAGAAGGCAAUUCUGGCAACUGAAGCACGGGAGCUUCAGUCUCGGGUGCUCAAUUUGUCGGAUGAAAGAGAUAGAUCUCUGUCGAUCAUUGAUGAGAUGUGCCGAGAUCUCCAAGCCCGACUGGCUGCUGCAGAGGCAGAAAGGGCAGCAGCUGAACAGGAGAAGCGAGAAAAGGAGGAAUCUGCACAGAAGGCUUUUGCUGAACAAGAACUCAUCAUGGAAAGGGUGGUCCAAGAGUCAAAGAAACUUCAGCAGGAGGCAGAGGAGAAUGCGAAGCUACGGGAGUUCUUAAUGGACCGUGGUCGUGUUGUCGAUGUAUUGCAAGGAGAAAUAGCUGUUAUCUGUGAGGAUGUGAAGGAGCUGAAAGAGAGAAUUGAUGGGCGCCUGCCUGUCAGCAAAUCACUGUCGUCGAGUCAGGCAAGCUAUAUUUUAGCCUCAUCAAGCACAUCUCAGAAGAGUGCAGUCACUGAGCAGGACGGUUCUUCCGAGAGCUUGAAAGCAAGCCAGGAGCUCUUGAGCAGCGUGCAGUCUGACCAUGCCAAGAGCAGUAGGGAAGAGAGAGAAGCCUCUGGGAGCUUGAAAACAAGUCAGGAGCUCUCAAGCAGCCAACAGUCUGAUGGUGCCAAGAGCAGCAGGGAGGAGAAAGAAGCCAGAGAUGGAAAGAAGGUGCCUUUGGAUGACGAAUGGUAUUUGUGUGAUUAGACAUCUUAGUUGUACUGUUGAACUCUUAUCAGGAAUGAACGAUCAGAUAGCGAAUGAAGGUCUUCGUCCCAAGCUUUGGGUCUGUUCAUAGUGUACAGCUGCUUUGAUGGGGCUUAAUUUGGAUAUUAAUAGCCGUUGGUUUCUUCCAAUGGGGGGAAGAUUUUGAUUUUAUGCAUUUUAGGAAAGUCUCAUCAUCUUCAGAUGUAAUAAUAUGAAGGCACCACGUUUACCUUUUUA